AUGCGAGGGGCGAAGAAGCGCCAGGCGCUGCCUGCCAUCGUGCUCCUGCUGCUGGCCUCGGCCCCGCCGCCGCCCGGCGCAGAGGGCAGGGACAUGCCCGCCGCGGGAGACGAGAAGGGGACGCUCCUCGACCUCCUCCUCCAAGCCCUGGGCGACGGCGGCCGCCCGCUGCCGCCCCGCCCGCCGCGGCGGGACCGGGUGAUCUCCCGGCGGUACAGCGGCGGCGGUGUCCCGCCGCCCGAACCCCGCUCCGUCGCCGCCGCCGCCCCCCGGUCGUCCCCGGCCGCCGCCGCCGCCGCCGCCCCGCCGCCGCCCCGGCUGUUCGCCGCUGCCCGCCACGGAGAAAUUUUUCCAAGAGAUUCCAGUCUAAAAGACAAAUUCAUAAAACAUUUUACAGGGCCAGUCACAUUUUCAUCAGAGUGUAGCAAGCACUUUCACCGACUGUAUCACAACACAAGGGACUGCUCAACACCAGCCUAUUAUAAAAGGUGUGCAAGGUUGCUAACGAGAUUAGCAAUGAGCCCUUUGUGUACACAGUCCUAGGAUGUUUGCUAUACUUUCUACUAAGGAGAGAAUUCUGAUUUGCCAAGAAAGUGCCUUGAAAUUUUCCAAGACGGAGAAGACAUCUUUUACCUUUCUGAUUUACAACAUUUUGUUACUAGAUGCAUUUUAUUUUCAUAUAUUUGUCGGACAUUCCAUAUUUGUGUGAAACAUUAUUUUAUUUUAAUGUGUAAAUUUGUUGCCUAUAGCUCAGACAAGCCAAUUAUUUAAAUACAUUGUAUAUAAAGGAUGCUAAUGAUAUAACUGAUUACAUGUUACAACCAUAUGCAGGGAGUUGGUAAAAUUUUGCGGUUUCUCUUGUUCCAUUGUAUUUACAUAGUUCUGCUCAGGCUCUUACUUUCAUUAUUUGCACUAACUUGAAACGCAGAAGUCUGUGUAACUGAAAUCUGAAUAAGCUGUAUGCGGGGAAGUUGUACUUGCCAUGGAAGAUAUUUUAUAUUUUGAAGCUUUGUUAAUAUAUACGUAUAUAUUAUUGCGCAUCAGAAGAACUUUGCUCAGAAAUGCACCUUGCUUUCAGGAACAUUUUGUUUGACUAUUCUGGAUUUUCAUCAGUUACAUUUGUACUGGCACUUAUGGAAAGAGUUGCAAAUAAUGUAAAUAUAAAGACUGGAAAACUGCAAUGCAGUUUUGGUGGAAUAAAGAAC